AUGUAUGGGCUGCUGUGUGAGAGUCUUCAUGACUUCAUCAAGGAGUCGUACGGAGAUGAUGUGUGGAAGCUUGUCAGAGAGAGAGCAGAUGUCAGACUGCACUCUUUUGUCACCCACCAGGUGUAUAGUGAGAGCGUGAUUCCCCGGAUUGCAAAGGCAGCCAGCGGAGUGACAGGAACGCCCUACAAUGAGCUCAUGAAUUCCUGGGGCGUCUACUUCCUGGGCUUUGUGGGGAAAUAUGGCUAUGACAGGAUCCUCAAGGUGCUGGGCCGGCAUGUCCGUGACUUCGUCAACGGCCUUGACAACCUCCAUGAAUACCUGCGCUUCAGCUACCCCAAGGUGCAGCCCCCAACCUUCUUCUGCCAGGAGGAAUCUGCCACCGGAGUCACCCUCCAUUACAGGAGUAAACGUAAAGGCUACCUGCACUAUGCCAUGGGUCAGCUGAGGCAGAUGGGGAAGCAGUUCUACGACACUGACAUCCAUGUGGAGGUGCUGUCUGAGCAGAUGGUCGGAGACUACUCCCAUGUCACCAUGAGGCUGAACUUUGACAACUCAGCCUACCGCUACAUCAUGAAAGAGGACGAGGAGGAGCAGGAGAUUUUGCCCAUUACCUCCGACUUCUUCUUUGAGGUCUUCCCCUUUAACAUCGUCUUCAGACAGGACAUGGUGGUGCACAACGUGGGCUCGGGCCUCGCUACAGUCUUCCCUGAUUUGGAUGGAAAGAAGAUCAAUGAUGCCUUUUUGCUGGCUCGCCCUCUGGUGGAGUUCACCUGGAACAUGAUCAUCUCACACCCCAACAACCUGUUCGAAAUCAUGUCCAAGGAGCCUGUGAAGAGAGAGAGGAACCUUCACAACCGAGUCCAGAAUUCUGACUAUGAAAAUGCCAAUCGCUCUGCAGACGUAGAUGUGGAGCUCAUGGCUUUCCAGUCCAUCAUUGGAGAUGAUUACAAAGACGGUAACAGCGCUAAUGCAAUGGAGAGCUGGGGUGAUGGGAGCCGCUGCCUCAAGCUGAAAGGACAAAUGAGAUACAUGCCAGAGUGGGAGUCCAUCAUCUUCCUGGGAACCCCUGUGAUGGAGAGUCUGAGCGCAAUGUUUAAGACCGGCCUGUACAUUAACGACCUGAGCAUGCACGACUCCAGCAGAGACCUGGUGCUGGCGGGCACGCAGCAGUCGGAGGAGCUGAAGAGAGCUCUCAUACAGGAGCAGAAGAAGUCCAGUAAGCUGGAAGAGAGCAUGAAGAUGUUGGACUACGAGAUGAAGAAGACAGACGACCUCCUGUACAGGAUGAUUCCCAAGCCGGUUGCUAAAAGGCUGCGCAAAGGAGAGCCAGCUGUAAACACUUGUGAGGUGUUCCCAGAUGUGACCAUUCUCUUCAGCGACGUCGUGGGAUUUACUCGCAUUUGCAGCCACAUCACUCCGAUGCAGGUGGUCUCCAUGCUCAACACCAUGUACACGCUGUUUGACACGCUCAGUGAGAAGCACCGCGUCUUCAAGGUUGAGACCAUUGGAGAUGCAUACAUGGUGGUUGCGGGAGCUCCGGAGAAGACUAAGUAUCACGCUCACAACAUCUGCGACAUGGCCUUAGACAUGGUGCGCUCCAUAGAUCACCUCAAAGACCCCUCCAACGGCAACAACAUCCAGAUUCGUGUUGGGAUACACUCUGGGAUGGUCGUGGCAGGUGUGGUGGGACACAAGAUGCCACGUUAUGGUCUGCACGGCGACACUGUCCACACUGCCUCUGCCAUGGAGAGCAACGGGAAGGAGAUGCACAUUCAGCUCAGCAGCGCCACCUACGAGCACCUGAAAGGAAGUCACUUCAUUUUCGAACGGAGGGGCAUUAUUACAAUCAAGGGGAACGUUGAAAUUGAGACAUACUGGCUGAAGGGAAAAAGGGACAAGGAUGGGAAUGCUCAGGCAGCGUGUCCUCAGUUUGAGACCCAGACCAUCAGUAAGGCCAUCAGCAAGGCCACCAUCUCAGGCCCUGAGGCCACAGGGGACGAGGAGGGACUGGUUUUCCCGCUGGUAGCAGGGGAGGAUGAGGAUGAUGUCAAGUCUAUUCGCUCUCAUCGUAUCAAAAUGGAGAUUUCAGGCCAUUCUCUGGAGGAGUCAAUAGAGGAGUGCCGGGUGGAAGAGAUGUCUGUUCAUAAGUCCCACUUUAAGGAUGCUCUGCAGGACGAGCUCGAGGACUCUCACCUUGAACUGGACUCACCUGAGUCUGACGGCAGAGACUCCAUGAUGGAGUCCCGUGACAGCUCCUGUGACUCCCGCUGCUCCAAAAGUGCCAUGUGCUCCGUGUCGUGA